UUUCCCUUCUGUUUUUUUUUUUGUUCUUGUCCUAAAAGUGAUCGGCCGAAUGCAGUAAGUUCGUUGGCAAAAUAAAAUGUCGUCGGAUAAAGGAUUCGAUCUUAUUAGAGAGUAUGAAAGGUCAACUGAUCCCAUACCAGCGUUUAACGAUGAUGGCGUCCGUUCUGUGCUGGAGGACAUUUCAAAGAUCUAUCAAGAAAAUUAUGCACAUGCAAUAACGUUCAACGAAACGGGUGACCGGAAACUGCUCCCACUCGUAAUGUACCGCCACAAUCUCAUCAAGCGCCAGAAACGAUGCGUCCUGGCCUACCUGUCCAACCGUCUGUUUCGUCUCAAACGGCUACGCUGGCAUAUCGGUCCAAUCCUGCCGCCCGAAAUCAAAUCCUGCAUCAACGAUCCGGAAUCGGCGUGGUUCAACAAGUACUCGCGCAUACUGGCCGAGUACAUGGCCUCCAUUCACGACGGGUACGGGUUGAAUCUGACGAACGACAUCAAACCGCCGAAAUCCCUCUACAUCGAGGUACGAUGCCUGACCGACUACGGAAAGUUUGAGCUGGAAAGUGGGGAAAUAGUGCUGCUGAAGAAGAACAGUCAACACUACCUACCGAAGCUGCAGUGCGAACAGUUGAUCCGGCAGGGCAUCCUGCAACACAUUACAUAGAGACAACCGUUUUUUGUUCUGGAAUGUUUGAACACCCUAGCACCCAUAAACCUUUUUU